CCACCCUAAAUCCCUAAUCGGCUAAUCCUAAAUCCUUCGAUAGUUCAUCUCUCUCUUUCUCUGUUAGUCGACCGUCGACGGCGACCGGCGAGUGGCGACGCCCAUCUGGCCAUCUCAUCUCACUGAUCUCAGGCUUCUCAGCAUCUCUUCUCUUUUCUCAUUCUCUCUUCCUCUCACUGUCAGUGUGACAGUGUCUCACAUCGACUCGCAGUCUCGCCGCCUCCAGGCCCUCCAGUCAUCCACGGCUGACGGCUCCAGUCGCUCCACCAUUUACCUCCGUUAAGCCCUCCCUAAAGCUGAAGAGCUAUGAAGUAAGAACUUGGUUGGAUUCCGAUUAUUUUCACUGGUUCUCUGCUCUCAGAUUCUUGUGGAUGCUUGCUUGUGAUUAAUAAGAACAGACUGAGAGCAACAAACCCCUGUAACCAUGCCGCAGGGAGAUUAUAUAGAUCUUCACAGGAAGCGAUAUGGGUACAGACCUGAUCAUUUUGAGCGCAAGCGCAAGAAGGAAGCUCGUGAAGUCCACAAGCGCUCUGAAAUCGCGCAAAAGGCUCUGGGUAUUAAAGGCAAGAUGUUUGCCAAGAAGCGCUAUGCAGAAAAGGCUCUGAUGAAGAAAACCAAAUGUACUUUUAACCUUGAGAUCAUUGGUGUGAAGAAAAACCCUAAUGGUCAAAUGUACACCUCUCUUGGUGUCUUGACCAAGGGAACCAUCAUUGAGGUGAACGUAAGCGAACUUGGUCUAGUCACACCUAACGGGAAAGUGGUAUGGGGGAAAUAUGCACAGGUGACGAAUAAUCCAGAGAACGAUGGAUGCGUAAAUGGGGUUCUGCUUGUCUAAGAGGAUUAACUGUCAAGCCUGGAAGGACUUCUAAUCUUUUUGGGUAAUUUAUAAUAGACAUCUUUGUUGAACUCUAUUUCCAAACUAUUAUCAGUCCUUGAUCAUUCAUCAUUGUAUUGAAGCGGCUAUUGAUCAUUGUAAAACAAUACGCUUGAUCAUAGCUACCAUGAAUGCCAAACCAAUACUUUUGAUAUUGUGAUA